AUGUGGAAGCCGGAAGUUUAUACUUCGCAGUGCCUGUGCCACCCUGGUACCAUGCGCUCAAAAGUCCUCCCCGAUCGGUUAGCUCAAUCUAGUGAUACCUGGGCUACUAUCGCUGCAAACGUCUCUCCGUUCAUGGCCCUAAUCGGCAAACGGAAUUCCAAAGAAUCUAUGCGCAACACCGCAUUAUGGUAUCAGUUUCUGCCACUGGCAGCCGCAGCAUUGGGGAUCUUGUCCAUCCUGGUCAGCGCAAUCCGUCUCAGUGGGUCUGGUUUCUUUAGUUGGCUGGUCAGUUGA